AUGGACGGCGCCGCCAACUGGCGCCCCACGCAGGGCGCCGACCCUGCCGCCGGCGGCGUCGACCCUAACGCGGCUGCCCCCGCCGGAAGCGACUGGCGCACCCAGCUUCAGCCCGAGGCGCGCCACAGGAUCGUCAAUAAGAUAAUGGAGACUCUGAAGAAGCACCUGCCAGUAUCAGUACCAGAAGGACUGACUGAGCUUCACAAAAUUGCUGUGCGAUUUGAAGAGAAAAUCUAUACUGCAGCCAUCAGCCAGUCUGAUUAUUUGCGGAAGAUUUCUCUGAAAAUGCUGCCCAUGGAAAGUCAGACAAAGACCCAACAGAACCCUGGAAAUGCUCAAGUGAUUCCAAAUCAGAACCCUCCUGGUCCAGCACCUGGCCUUCCUCCACAAGGUAGUAAUCCAGCACAGUCAUCAGCUAUCCAGUUGAUGUCUCAGCAACAGACACGGCAGCUAAAUGCUUCUACAUCUGUUCAAGGUUCGCUUCCUAGUCUUGGUCAGAACUUGUCGAGUGUCAGCCAGACAUCGACGCUGCAGAAUCUAUCUGGCAUGCCACAAAAUACCAUGAACAAUGGUUUAGCACAAGGUACUCCACAAGAUAUGUAUGCUGCACAAAGACAAAUGGCUGGUAGGCAGCAGCAGCAGCAACAACAACAACAAGCACAUAAUCAGUUAAUCUAUCAACAGCAGAAAUUGUUGAUGAACCAGAAAUUGCAGCAGAAUUCACUUAUGCAACCGCACAUUCAGCAGCAGCAAACUUUGUUGCAGUCAACACAGAUGCAAUCUUCACAGCAGCCCAUGAUGCAAAUGUCAUCUGGCCUUCAGCCUGGGCAGACCACCAUUCCACAAACUCAGUCCAUGGCAAUGCAGUCAGCUACACAGAGUGGUAGUAGCAGCAAAGGGAAGAAGCAAAAGAAGAUGAGAUGCCGUUUCUGCAAAAAAGGUGGCCACUUUAAGAAGGAUUGCUUGAAGAGAAAAAUAUGGUUUGAAAAAAAAGGAGUUGCUUAUGAUCCAACCCAUAAGCUGACUAAAGCACAUGAGAAUAAAAAUGAAGGCACUGUAUUGAAGGGAUCAGGACUCGCAGAGUAA